AUGACGUCAUCAACUUAGCGUUGUCGUCUUCAUGUCUGCUUUAUAAAAUGGCGGCCGCAGAAAUUCAAGUUGUAAAUCCAUCAAAUUUAGCAAAAAUAGAAAGUUUUCUCAAUGAUCCGAGUUAUAAAGAGAUUAUCGAAAAUUCGUCAACAUUUAACUCGCGACUAUGUGCAGAAAGAAGGAUGCGUAUGCCAUUUAUCGACACACAAACAGGUGUUGCACAAAGUCACUGUAACUUGUUCAUGACGAGGAAGCAGCGCAUGCCAGGUGCUAGAGAGGGACAGGUUUACACAUAUCCAUCACAAAGAUGGCGCAAAGCUCGACGUCAGUAUCUAACAAUGUCAUCCACACGUUGGGGCUGGAGUGCACUUGAUGCGGCUGAGAACGCAGGAGAUGGUGACAACAGUUCGGGGAUCCCGGGUGAUGCACUAGCUGGUGAUGAUAGCCGAGAUGGCUCACAGACUGCUGCCAAAGAUGAUCCUAAAGAAUGGUUUUACGAUGACUUGGCGAUAGAAGAGAUGGAGACUGGCGAGGAACCUGAUCCGGAGUCUGACGAGGAUUACUACGACGACACAUACGCUAAUAGGCGCAAACGGCGCGGCAUAGCCCCCACAGGACCCGGCUCACGUGGCGGCCGGCGCGGUAACAAGCAGCCUGAUGAUACACCUUCCAAACGUGGACGUGCUGGUCGCGGUCGUAAGAGAGCAGGUCAAGGUACACUGCCAUACGAGGUGCCCGGUGAUGCAGAGAAACCAUACGGAUGUGAACUGUGCGGAGCUAAAUACAAGACGCGUCCCGGUCUGACGUAUCAUUUCACACACACGCACAAGGACCCCGGCACAGCGGCCGGCACCGCGCCAUGCAGCGACGGUGACUCCCGCGACAGUCGCCCCGGCGCGCACACGCCGCCUGCGCCCGCGCAGCCCGCCACUGAGUACCAGGACAGCUAUGUCACCUUCUUGAAUAAUCCCGCUGUUGGCACUUCAUCGGGCACAGCGACGCCUCCCUUGCGUAAGCCGUCGCCUCCACCGCGGCCUAUGUCUGCGGAUACAUCAUCCUCGGAUUCUGCGCAUGCGCCCCUCGUAGCGCCCGGCAGCGCCGCCUCGGCCACCGCCCCUACGCCUGCACCAGCGUCCGCACCCGCGCCCUCACCCUCGCCCGGCUCCUCCACCGCCGCCCCCGCCACACCUGCCGCGCCCCCCACCGCGCUGCCCCUUCUCAAGGAACCUGAAACUAAGGCAUCACCCUCACCGUACUGCGACUUCUGUUUGGGUGACGAUCGAGAGAACAAGAAGACGGGGACACCGGAGAAGUUAGUCAGUUGCUCUGAUUGCGGACGGUCAGGUCACCCGACGUGUCUGCAGUUCACAGUGAAUAUGAUAGUGUCGGUGCGCAAGUACAGGUGGCAGUGCAUCGAGUGCAAGUGCUGCUCCGUCUGCGGCACCAGCGAUAAUGAUGACCAGCUGUUGUUCUGUGACGACUGUGACCGCGGCUACCACAUGUACUGCCUCGCGCCGCCGCUCGACACACCGCCUGAGGGAUCCUGGUCCUGCGCCCUCUGCAUCGCUGAGUUCCACACCAAGCGCUGAACUACACAAUAUAGCUUACCUAAAUGCAGAUUUUCCAGUUUGCAAACAAGAUGAGUUGUUUAUGAAUUAAUGAUAUUUCUAUUUUGUGAUUUAAAUACGAUUUUUAUAUAUGUUGCCAUAAAAAGAUAUAAAAUUUGCUAUACAAAAAAUAUUUCUUACAAAGAUCAAAUGGAUUACGUAAAUAUUCACAUAAUGUAGUUUACAUCGAUAAAGCUUGUAGAUAACCUUAUAUAUUAAAGUUAGGGCCUAACUACAAAGACUUUAGUAUUUCAAUGAAAUUUUAACUUAAAAUUUUAACCCUUUCCCGAAAAAUGAUAUUAGACUAUCAAAAAACUUCAGGCUUCAGAAACAUGAUCUUGACAAAUAAAUAACAAAGUAUUUAUAUCUGAAGCAUUUUUGUAGACAUAUUUAUUACCUAAUUAAGGUUGAGCAUCGGUGGCUCAGGGGUUAAGCACUUGACUUGCAAUCUCCUGGUCCAAGGUUCG